AUGAUUGAAGGAUUAGAUAAAGAUCCUUACGAUGAAGCUGAAAAUAAAGUAAGGAAAAGUAUACGGAAGGCGAUUUUGCUUCAAAGUCAACUUUACGACAAUACUGGGUCUUUGAAAAAUGAUAAUAAUGAGGCUGUGAGGAGUGGUGACGAGUUGGCGUCUGUUUGUAGCUCCAUAGAGAAUGAUAUUGGCGAGUUGCAGAAGGUAAUUCUGGCCAUUCAACAGAAUCCCAAUAAAUAUAAAAUCUCUCAAACUCUCAUCGACUCAAGACAGCAAACCAUUAAUGAGUUUAAAUCCAAGUUAAAUGGAAUCGUUCAACACACAAAUGAAAUGAAGUUUGCCCAAACAAAUUACGCCUCAGAUUAUUCAAAUGUACAAUUACAGCAUCAACAAGAUGUGUUAAAUCAGCAGAAUUAUCAUUUAAAUGAGUUACACGGUUCAGCUCAAACCCUUCACACUCAGGCAAUACAAUUUAAUCAAGAAGUCAAAUCACAAAAUAUAUUGCUGAGAGACGUUGAGGAGCAGAUGACUGAGUCUCAAUUGCAUAUAAAUACACUGACGAGAAAAUUAUCGCGAUUUUUGGACACUGAUAAUCCCUCAAUUAUCAGGCUCAUACUUACGCUAUCAAUUAUAGCAACUAUUCUAGUUAUUGUAUUGAUAGUUUUCUAA